AGACCUUAAAGGUGCUUUGUAUCUCCAUCUACAUAACUGCAGCAAGAGGGAGCCAGGAUGAUGAAGGUCUAUCGCAUACUCCUCUUCAUCUCUGCAGCUGGGCUGGCCCUGUGCUAUGAAGAUGAGAGUCGCCUCGUCGAGGACUUGUUCAGGGACUACAACAAGGUGGUGCGCCCAGUGGAGGAUCAUCGGGAAGCCGUUGUCGUCACUGUUGGGCUGCAGCUCAUUCAGCUUAUUAGCGUGGAUGAAGUAAACCAGAUUGUAACAACCAACGUACGCCUGAAACAGCAAUGGAUAGAUGUCAACCUCAAGUGGAAUCCAGAUGACUACGGUGGAGUGAAAAAAAUCCGCAUCCCCUCGGAUGACAUCUGGCGGCCAGACCUCGUUCUGUACAACAAUGCAGAUGGCGAUUUUGCCAUCGUUAAAUACACCAAAGUCCUUCUGGAGCACACAGGCUUGAUCACCUGGACACCACCAGCUAUUUUUAAAAGCUACUGUGAAAUUAUAGUCACGCACUUCCCGUUUGACCAGCAGAACUGCAGUAUGAAGUUGGGAACCUGGACGUAUGACGGUACAAUGGUUGUUAUUAACCCGGAGAGUGAUCGUCCAGAUCUGAGUAACUUCAUGGAAAGUGGGGAGUGGGUGAUGAAGGACUACCGCAGCUGGAAGCACUGGGUGUACUACGCUUGCUGCCCUGACACCCCCUACCUGGACAUCACCUACCACUUCCUCAUGCAGCGCCUGCCUCUCUACUUCAUCGUGAACGUCAUCAUUCCCUGCCUGCUCUUCUCCUUUUUAACUGGGUUUGUUUUCUACCUACCCACAGAUUCAGGUGAGAAAAUGACUCUCAGCAUCUCUGUCCUGCUGUCUUUGACUGUGUUCCUUCUGGUCAUUGUGGAGCUGAUUCCCUCCACCUCCAGUGCAGUGCCUCUGAUAGGCAAAUACAUGUUGUUCACAAUGGUGUUUGUCAUCGCUUCCAUCAUCAUCACGGUCAUUGUCAUCAACACCCACCACCGCUCCCCGAGCACUCACACCAUGCCGCGCUGGGUCAGGAAGAUCUUUAUUGACACAAUCCCAAACAUCAUGUUUUUCUCUACAAUGAAACGACCAUCCAGGGACAAACAAGACAAAAAUAUUUUUUCAGAAGAUAUUGAUAUUUCUGAAAUUUCUGGGAAGCCAGGUUCAGUGCCUGUCAACUUCUACUCCCCACUUACCAAAAAUCCAGAUGUGAAAAAUGCUAUAGAGGGGAUCAAGUACAUUGCAGAAACAAUGAAGUCGGACCAAGAAGCCAGUAACGCUGCAGAAGAAUGGAAGUUUGUUGCAAUGGUGGUUGAUCAUCUUCUCCUCGGUAUAUUUAUGCUAGUUUGUGUUAUUGGUACGUUAGCUGUAUUUGCUGGUCGCCUUAUUGAAUUAAAUCAGCAAGGAUGAACAUCAUCUGGAAGCUAUUUGCUACCCUGGUCAGCAUCUGAAAGCAUCUUAACCAUCAAAACCUGGCCAGCCUCUGAAAGUUUCACAGACAGGAAUCAGUCCCUGCUGAGAGAGAGCAGGGAUAAUAAAACGUAAGGCUCCAUACUUAGCACUUCUGAGCUGCUUCUCAGUGCCAUUUCACUGCCAAAAAGAAACACUUGUGUUACUUACUGGUGGACUGAAUGGCUGUCAGCCAGGUUUUGAUGCAUUUUGCCAUUUAUUAAAAAUGUUACUGCAUUAACUGUCUGACUUUGUAACCCACAGAUACAAUUCCAGAGGAAUCAAUAGCAGUGUAAUAAGCUUUAGCUGAGCUGUAAAUCUGUAUCCAACUUCAACAUUCAAGCUGGCUUCAAUAUCUGCUCUGUAGUUUUUGUAUUGGCAGGGUCACAAAUGACUCCUCUUGUAACACUAGAUGUAACCAGCAGAAGUAUCUCAAACUCUACACUUAUGCACUUGAUUUUCAUGCACAAAUCUGAAAUGACUGUCCUACAUGACUCUACCUGUAGAAACUCUUGAUGCAGCAAAGAGGAGGGACUAUUCUUUACUGUGGGAAGGAUCUAGCCUCAGCCUGUUGGGUCCCACAGGUAUUUUCUGCUAUCAAGUCCCACAGUGAAGGACUUGUAGAGGAGGAUUUUUUUUUGUCCCUGUUAUCUCGCUAAGCCCUGCUCUGUGGCCAUCAAGAAUCUUAGUGACUAUAUUGCAGAAGCUGCCCUUUUAUUUUUACAUACUAUUAAUGGUCAAGUACUUCAGUUAUGAAUAUAAAUGUUCAGCAAUUGCAUCCUAAGGGAAAAAUUUAGGCCAUAGGGGAAAGGAUGUACCCAUAGGAUAACCUCUCUAUUCUGCCUACUAACUGUGGGACGACUGGUUUCCACUAUCCAUUCUGAGUACCAAGUAAGGGAGGUGGCAGCUUCAAAUAUGGGGAUGCUCAGUAUGACAUCCUAAACACCAUUCUCUCUGUUCCCUGAAAACUGUCCCCUGCCCCGCUGAAAUAUAUCAUGAGCUUUAAAGACAGACACAGAAUCACAAAGAUCCUUCUUGGGGAAAUUUUGGAUCUCGGUUUUACUUAUGUAUAACGAAAUGACUGGCAACACAAUCAAUCACAUAAGCUUUAUCCAAAUGUUAAGCAGCAGCUCACUCUAGUGGCUAAAAAGAAGUAGCGCUGCUUUAGGCCGAAGACCUUUUUUGGGGUUUUGCAAAUGUUCCACCGGAGCAACAAGCUUGUGUGUGUUGCAGUAACAAAGCAUGGAAAUAUUAGCAGUGCUUAUCUUUCUCAAAGCUCAAUAAGGAGAGAUGGGAUAACUGAUACAGGUUACACAUCCUUCCCAGAUGGUUUUUCCAAGCCAACGGGACUACUUGGCUAACAGCUGUAAAUAAUUUGCUGUGAAUUUAAUAAAAUAAUGUGUAUUAUGUUACUGCUCUCCAGGAAUGUGUCAUGUCUGCAGAAGACAGGCAUCUGAAAUGCUCUAUAGAGAAAAGAAGGCACUUGUGCAAUACUUCCUUCAUUGCGUGGUGUUUGCUGGACAAUGUUUUGGUGAGCUGCAGUCCUAAGCAAAGCAAACAUUUUUGUCUGGGGCAAUCGAUUACUUGUAACACUCUGUUCAGGUAUUAAGGUUUAGGUUGUGGUAAUCUUUGCCUCCCUGGGUGAUCAUUAACCCUGUAAACAAUUGCUGAAGAUGUAUAUGCUGGGAGAAACCCCUGCUGACAGAUGAAGUGCUUGCUACAGCUCUGUUUAUCUUCAAUGUAACUUCUCACCUCUCAGCCCUUGGAAAGAGUCACACAGCUCCCUGGGUCAGGAUGAGUUAAGCUGCAGUGUAACGGUGCCUGGGACUCCUAAUUUGGGAGGCUGCAACUGGCACUGAAAUUGACAGAACAGUUCUCUUAGAGCAAUGUGUGCUUGUAUCUUGGCAUUAAAAAUAAACAUCAAAUAACAAAA